ACCCCCAGCUGGAGUGGCAGUUUUACCAGAAUAAAAUCCUGAAAGGAAAAGCAGACUUGUGUCCUGGCCUCUGAUUCCUCCAACCGUUCCUUCACAUUCUCCAUGUGCCCGUCUAGUUUGUCAAGUUUUGAUCAGCAGUUCUCUACUUUGCCCUCCAGUGAGGACAUGUGUCCCUGCAUUUCCCUGAAUCUCACAGGAAGCAACUCACUCUGCUGGUGGAGAGACGCACGCACUCUGCUGCACUGUGGAACAGCAGAUACACCAGAUUCAUCACUAUGGGAGAAUCAAGAUUCCACACAAACAAAUGGAAUUGAUUCUGUUUUGUCAAAAGCUGAAAUUGCAUCUUGUAAUUACGAAGCCAGACAAGUUGGCAUUAAGAAUGGAAUGUAUUUCGGGCAUGCAAAACAGUUGUGUCCUAACCUGCAAGCUGUUCCAUACGAUUUUCAUGCAUACAGGGAAGUUGCCCAAGCAAUGUAUGAAACAUUGGCAAGCUACACACACAACAUUGAAGCUGUCAGUUGCGAUGAAGCGCUGGUAGACGUCACUGACAUCCUUGCAGAAACUAAACUUACUCCCGAUGAAUUUGCAACUGCCCUCCGCACGGAAAUCAAAGACAAGACCAGAUGUGCUGCCUCCAUUGGAAUUGGUUCUAAUAUCCUUCUUGCUAGAAUGGCAACUAGAAAAGCAAAGCCAGACGGGCAGUACCAUCUGCAGCCAGACGAAGUAGAUGAUUUCAUCAGAGGGCAGCUCGUUACACACCUGCCGGGAGUUGGACGUUCAAUGGAGUUUAAGCUGGCAUCUUUGGGAAUUAAAACCUGUGGAGAUUUGCAGUGCAUGACCAUGGCCAAACUCCAGAAAGAAUUUGGUCCCAAAACAGGUCAGAUGCUGUAUAGGUUCUGCCGUGGUUUGGAUGACAGACCAGUUAGACCAGAGAAGGAAAGGAAAUCCGUGUCCGCUGAGAUCAACUACGGAAUCAGGUUCUCCCAGCCAAAAGAGGCAGAAGCUUUCCUUUUGAGUCUUUCAGAAGAAAUUCAAAGGCGACUUGAAGCUGCUAGCAUGAAGGGCAAACGCCUGACUCUGAAAGUUAUGGUGCGGAAGCCAGGGGCCCCUGUAGAAACUGCAAAAUUUGGAGGCCAUGGAAUUUGUGAUAACAUUGCCAGGACUGUAACUCUGGACCAGGCAACAGAUAGUGCAAAAGUAAUUGGAAAAGCGAUUUUAAACAUGUUUCAUACAAUGAAACUAAAUAUAUCGGAUAUGAGAGGGGUUGGUAUUCAGGUGAAUCAGUUGAUUCCUACUAAUCCAAAUCCUUCCACAUGUUCAAGUCGCCCAUCAGUUCAGCCAGGCCUCUUUCCUGGGCGGCCGCAGUCUAUCCUUGAUCUCUUCCAAGUUCAGAAAGCUAGGAAACCCACCGAAGAGGAGCACAAGGAAGUAUUUCUAGCUGCUGAGGAUCUGGAUGUAUCCUCCACCUCUAGACCUUGCAGUUUAUUGUCGCCCCUUUCUGCUCAUCUGGCAGCUAGUAUCAGUCCUGACACUAACAGAGAUCAGUGUUCAAGGAAAUGGAAAGGUCUACACUCUCCCAUCAGUGGACAGUCAAGACUUAACCUGAGUAUCGAGGUCCCAUCACCAUCCCAGAUUGAUCAGUCUGUUUUAGAAGCACUCCCCCCUGAUCUCCGGGAACAAAUAGAACAAGCUUGUGCUGCUCAACAAGGAGAGCCGCGUGACACCAAGAGGAAUGAACCAGUAAAUGGUUGCAGUUCAGGGGUAUUGCCACAUCCUGUUGGCACAGUUUUGUUGAAAAUACCAGAGUCUCAAGAACCUAAUAGCGACGCAGGAAUCAAUGUUAUAGCCCUUCCAGCAUUUUCACAAGUGGACCCCGACGUCUUCGCUGCCCUUCCUGCUGAGCUUCAAAGAGAGCUGAAAGCAGCCUAUGAUCAAAGACAGCGGCAGGGAGAGGACACUGCUCCUCAGCAGACAGCCUGUGCACCGGUGCCGAAGAAUCCUUUACUUCAGCUAAAGCCACCCACAGCGAAAGACAAGAGAAACAAGAAGAACCCCAUUGGUUCUCCCAGAAAGAUUCAGAGUCCUUUGAAAAAUAAGCUGCUGAGCAGUCCUGCGAAACCUCUGCCAGGGGCCUAUGGCAGUCCCCAGAAGUUAAUAGAUGGCUUUCUAAAACAUGAAGGAAUGACAUCUGAGAGACCCCUGGAAGAAUUCUCCACCCCUGGUGUGCAGAACCCCUCUAGCUUACAGCCCAGCCAAACAAGUUGUGUUAGACCAGCAGCACCCAACUUAGCUGGAGCUGUGGAAUUCAGUGACGUGAAGACCUUGCUCAAAGAAUGGAUAACUACCAUCUCAGAUCCAAUGGAAGAAGACAUUCUGCAAGUUGUGAAAUACUGCACUGACCUUAUAGAGGAAAAAGAUUUGGAAAAGUUGGAUCUAGUUAUAAAAUACAUGAAAAGGUUGAUGCAGCAGUCGGUGGAGUCGGUGUGGAACAUGGCAUUUGACUUUAUUCUUGACAAUGUUCAGGUGGUUUUACAACAGACUUACGGAAGCACACUGAAAGUUACCUAAAUGUCCAGAGAGCCUGGUGCUCUCUGCCAGCUGUGCCAGCAGCGCUUGUGAGGUAUUUGCAAAGUGCAUGAUAGUGAUGCUCUGAGUUUUUAUAAUUUCAGAUUUGUUUUUAAGCAAGUGUUUUGUACAUUUCUUUUCAAAAAGUGCCAAAUUUGUCAGUAUUGCAUGUAAAUAAUUGUGUUAAUUCUUUUACUUGUAGCAUAGAUUCUAUUUACAAAAUGUUUGUUUAUAAAGUUUUAUGGAUUUUUACAGUGAAGUGUUUACAGUUGUUUAAUAAAGAACUGUAUGUAUAUUUUG